AAUUUGCACACAAGAACACGGAAUUUCCACGUUAUACAGCAAUAUAUCCCAUACCCAGCGUUCCCUGAUUUCUUCAUCACUCGUAGUUACACAGGACAAGAGUAGGAGUACGUAGCACUGAUUAAGAAAGAGCAGAGGAAAACACGACGGUGACGGAGAAUGGCAAUGCUCAACACCUCCUGGGUCCUGCGCAUCCUCCCGUUCUUCCUCCUCGUUGCCUUCACCCACGCUGCAACGUUCACCAUCACCAACAAGUGCCAGUUCACCGUGUGGGCGGCGGCCGUCCCAUCCGGCGGCGGCAAGCAGCUGGACGCGGGGCAGCACUGGACCAUCGACGUGCCGGCCGGCACGACGGGCGGGCGCGUGUGGGCGCGCACGGGCUGCGACUUCGACGGCAACGGCAACGGGCGGUGUCAAACAGGCGACUGCGGCGGCGUGCUGCAGUGCACGGGCUACGGGCAGGCGCCCAACACGCUUGCCGAGUUCGGGCUCAACAAGUUCAACGACCUCGACUUCUUCGACAUCUCACUCAUCGACGGCUUCAACGUGCCCAUGGACUUCUUGCCCGCCGACGGCACGGCAGGGUGCGACAAGGGCGGGCCGCGCUGCGACGCGGACGUCACGGCGCAGUGCCCGUCCGAGCUCAAGGCCCCCGGCGGGUGCAACAACGCUUGCACGGUGUUCAAGGAGGACAGGUACUGCUGCACCGGCACGGCCGCGGACAACUGCGGGCCGACCGAUUACUCCAGGUUCUUCAAGGGGCAGUGCCCCGACGCGUACAGCUACCCCAAGGAUGACCAGACCAGCACCUUCACUUGCCCCGGGGGCACUAACUAUCAGGUCGUCUUCUGCCCACAAGCGAGCGAGCGAGCUAAUUAAACACGACCAAACAUGUAUGGAGUAUAUACAAUUGUAGUAGUAUGAGAUAAGAAUAAGUCCGUCUCGUGUAACGUAGUAAUCCCGAAGGGUGCUCGGGAGAGAAUAAAAGUCAAUCGUGUAACGUAAAAGCCAAAUAAAUUCUUUCAGCUCAUGAAAAUAUUUUGAAAAAAUAUAUAUCACGUGCCCGUGGCUCGGUA